GGCCGAGCAGCUGAGAGCUGUGCGGGACACAGGAAGAGACCGUGCGCUGCACGGGCUAGAGAUGCGUCUUUCAGCACACGGGGAGAAGCGCCUGGUGUCCUCUGCGCUCUGGGAAGUGCUCUGAAUCUGCGGUAGUCCCUGGAGAGGAUGAAGUGGUGAAAGGAUGGGGCUUUCUCCUGCAAGAUUGCACAAUGGCCAGAGAGGACUCGGUGAAGUGCCUGCGCUGCCUGCUCUACGCCCUCAAUUUGCUUUUCUGGCUGAUGUCGAUAUGUGUUUUGGGAGUUUCUGCUUGGAUGAGAGACUACAUAAAUAAUGUACUUACGCUGACUGCUGAAACAAGAGUGGAGGAUGCAGUUCUGCUCAUCUACUUCCCUGUGUUCCACCCGGUGAUGGUUGCUGUCUGUUGUUUCCUCAUCAUUGUGGGCAUGCUGGGUUACUGUGGAACUGUGAAGAGCAAUCUUAUUCUUCUUGUAUGGUAUUUUGGGAGCUUGUUAGUAAUUUUCUGCAUUGAGUUGGCAUGUGGAGUGUGGACAUAUGAACAGGAAAUCACGGCUGUAAUUCAGUGGUCGGACAUGAUUAGCUUGAAAUCAAGAAUGCCAAACUAUGGUUUACCCAGAUACCAGUGGCUGACUAAUGCAUGGAAUUUUUUUCAACGAGAGUUCAUGUGCUGCGGAGUGGUAUACCUAACUGACUGGCUGGAAAUGACAGAGAUGGAUUGGCCCCCUGAUUCCUGCUGUGUGAGAGAAUACCCAGGAUGCUCCAAGCAGGCACAUCAUGGAGAUCUCAGUGAUUUGUAUCAAGAGGGCUGUAGCAGAAAAAUGUACAGCUUCCUGAGAGGAACCAAACAACUGCAAGUGUUACGGUUCCUUGGAAUUGCCAUUGGUGUCACACAGAUUCUAGCUAUGAUUCUCACCAUCACCUUCUUGUGGGCUUUGUUCUAUGAUAAGAAGGAUCCCAGAACAGAACCAAUCCUACCUCCGAGUCAUGAUGAUGCCCAGCAUGGCUGCCACCCAGUGGAGAUAAAACCACCAAACCACACAAGGAUUUCUGAUCAAAGAACUACUGCCAAUGGCUUUAACACAUACCUUGAAAUGGAUGAAUUGUGACUGGCUACCAUAUAAGUGUCCUUUUUUAUCUUACAAGAUUGUCUCCCCGGUGUACAUAGUACAUGGAUACACUGUAAGAAAGAAUAUUAUCUUCUUGCUGAUCAUACUUAUGGUGUACUAUUUACAAGACUGCAGCAUGUUUUCAAGAAUGUUGGAUUGUCUUCAUAUUAAUCUAUACAGUGUUCCCUUUAUUUAAUAGACCAUUCUUGUUACCACAGAUUGUAUACAAUAUCUGAUUACUGUCAGGAAUGGAAACAUGGCCGAAGUAUACCUUGUUCAGGUAAAUUUAAAUCUAGGGAUGUAUUCAAUUUAACUCUCAGUACAGUAACUAGACUCAUCAAUUACUGCUCAUGGAUACGUGGAUGAGGAUCCCUAUCUGAUAACUAUUGUGUAUAUUUGCAAUUCAUUGUAUUACAAGACAGAAAUAUUUUGUGGGAACUAUAACUGAUACAAGGUCAGUUUUACUGGGUGAUUGUUACCCAUGAUGUCAAACAAAUCUUUAGCUCUGCUAAAUUCAGACAGAUUUUCAAUAAGAUACACAAGUCUUCUAUGAGAAGGCCAGAUUUGUUGGGAUUAUUUGUGUGUAUUUCUCUCAAACCCUUCAUCAAUCUAGCUAAUCUAUGAGCUGUGAAUGUAUUUAUUGCUACUAGCUCAUGGCUAAAUGCUAGAAAUCAAGCUAUGCCCUACUGUAGUAACCUGACUAUAUCUUUAUUCUGUGGAUAUAUGUAGGUUUGUAAGGAAUAUUUACUGCAAAUAUCUUGUUAUAAAUGUUAAAGCGGUUGUCUGUUAUAACUAUGCCUUUUCUGGUAAAAUGGACACCAUAAAAUGAAAUCAUUACAGGUUGUCCUAGUGCAGGAAUUCUCUGGUCAGUUGCCCUGUAGUGGCACUAAUGGAGGGAUGAAGCAUUACACAGUUCUUCAUUAAAUCAAUGGGUUGUUGAUGGGGGUUCACCAUUUUCUGAUAACGUAUCUAAAGAAUAUUUUUAUAAACUACUAAACCCCUUUAAUGUAAUGUAAAGGAAGAAUACUGUAAAACCUUAAUCUUAUGCUUGUCUGACCUCAGACACAAUGACUGGACGAAUUUCAUAUUUAUUUAUAGAUCUGUUUCAUUAGAACAUGGAUCCUUUUUUUUGCCAUGAACUUCAUACAUUGUAGAUUGUCUUCCUGGGUGUCAUUAAACAGGUCCCCUGCUAAAAUGCAUUAAUGCAUGAUUUCAUUUUCCCAUUCUCAGCCAUUGAAAUACAAUAUAGUGUAACGAUGCCCUAAGGAGCAUGGUCCAAUAAUGGUCACGUAUUGGAGAAUACCCUGGGACUACACUGCCAAUGAUCCUGACUAUUGCAAUUUUGAGGUCAUGGAAUGGGAAGAGAAAAUGGAAUAAUACAAGUAGGGGGCCUGGGUAAUGUUGUGAUGUAAUGUGCUGUACUUCUUAGCCACUCUUUCUACCUCAAAGAUGGACUGGCUUAGCACAGUCAAUAGUAAACCUAGUGUGUAAGCUGGAAACACUUUUAAAACAUUGCCGAUCAAACCCAGUGCUCAGUGAGUUUGACCGUUUUGUCAUACUGAGAGUCAGAUUUAUAUGAAAUCACAGAUAAUGCAUGAUAGUCCGCUACCUCAAUUGGCUGCUGCUGAAGACAAGCCCUGAAGAGGAGUACAGUGUGCAACCGGGAAAAGGUAAUUCUACAAGUUUAGGAUGUAGUAUUAGUGUAGUAAUGUGGCUCUGUGUGUAAUAAACCUGCUUCAUUCUUUCUAUUUUCUCAACUGAACACCGGAAUAAACCUUUGAGUUAAAAAAGUGAGCACACACCAAAAAGCAAAGCUUUUGUAUACUGCACAGUAUGUAGAUAUGUAAAAAUUUACCGUACAUGGAAAAAACGUACGUUUCAGCAUUAGAGUUGAAUUUAUAUUUCUACAAAGGAGUAGUUUGAGUGAGCUGUGUCAGUACAACAUGUUAAUCCAUCACCACCCCCAGGGCCUAUUAAGUGCAGUACUACAUGAAUAGUUCUGUGAGUCCUGAGCAUGUGCUUACUAACCCUUGUUACAUACAUAAUACAUACAUAUAACUGCAAUCAGGACAGAAGUGACAGAUUCACUUUAAUGGCACUUCAGCCCUGGCAAGCAACAGGGCUGUACUGUGCAUGUGCCCAUACCCGAAGCAACGGAGCAUGCGCUGUAACACAAGGCUAGACGAGACAAUAUCACUGCCUGGCCCUGUCACUGGAAGCUGGUGGGGGGCAGGGUAGCCAGGAGUAAGGAGUGUGGCUUUCAGUGCAACAAGGUGCAAUGGCAACAUAUUCUUUGUACCAAUCCGAUCAUUUGCUUAUAAGGAAAAGAUAAAUUUCUCCGGAAUGCGUCCAACAAUCAGGGUGGAAGCAAGAACGUUUUACUCAGGGGACUAGCGCACAUCUGACAAUUCAUUUGUACUGACAUGAAGGUAUAUAAUGGCAGAUUCCAUUUAAGUACAUCUCAUACUUGUAAGUCACCUGCCUUUUACUCCAAUAAA